CAACGCUUUAUUCUUGCACUGUACUGUGGAUUUGUAUUGAGUUACAAAAAGUCCAAAACUGCACUCUGUUAUAUUAUUUAUACGAACACUCACUGAUUGAGCAACUAACCUCAUCAUAAUUUAUAGUCUUGAGCCAUUCCACUCAAAUUUUAUUCUUUUCGAGUUACCAUAAUUUAGAUUUAUAGUCAGUUCAUCAAUUCAGAUCUUCUUCUCUCCGGUAUGGACAACUCGGAAGACAAGGUUGUCGCCGUCAUCAUGGUCGGCGGUCCAACAAAAGGGACUAGAUUCCGGCCUCUUUCGUUCAACACUACGAAACCCCUUUUCCCAUUGGCUGGGCAGCCCAUGGUUCACCAUCCCAUUUCAGCUUGUAAAAGGAUACCCAAUUUAGCACAAAUCCUUCUAAUUGGGUUCUAUGAGGAACGGGAAUUUGCACUUUAUGUCUCUUCCAUCUCAAAUGAGCUCAAAGUUCCAGUCAGAUACUUGAAAGAGGACAAGCCACAUGGUUCUGCUGGUGGCAUUUAUUAUUUCAGAGACAUGAUUAUGGAAGAGAGUCCGUCACAUAUCUUUUUGCUGAAUUGUGAUGUUUGCUGCAAUUUUCCUUUGCCUGACAUGCUUGAGGCUCAUAAAAAAUAUGGUGGCAUGGGAACAAUGCUAGUUAUUAAGGUUUCUGCUGAAUCUGCUCAUCAGUUUGGUGAGUUGGUUGCUGAUCCAAUCACCAACGAGUUGUUGCAUUACACUGAAAAACCUGAGACCUUUGUGAGUGAUCUGAUAAACUGUGGUGUCUAUGUCUUUACUCCUGAGAUUUUUACUGCAAUUCAAGAUGUUGCUACUCACAGGGAAGACAGAGCUAAUUUACGGCGUGUUUCAAGCCUUGAAGCCCUCCAAUCUACAACAAGCCGGACCUUUCCUACUGAUUUCGUGAGAUUGGAUCAAGAUAUUUUGUCUCCCCUUGCCGGGAAGAAGCAGUUAUACACAUACGAGACCAUGGAUUUCUGGGAACAGAUCAAAACUCCAGGGAUGUCCUUGAAAUGUUCAGCUCUGUAUCUUGCUCAAUUCCGACUUACGUCUCCCCAUAUUUUGGCUGGUGGAGAUGGUAUUAAGAGUGCUAUGAUUAGUGGUGAUGUUUUUAUUCAUCCAUCAGCAAAAGUACAUCCAACUGCAAAGAUUGGUCCCAAUGUCUCUAUUUCAGCAAAUGUUCGGGUUGGUGCAGGAGUAAGACUUAUCAGCUGCAUCAUCUUAGAUGAUGUUGAAAUUAAGGAAAAUGCCGUUGUUAUUCAUUCUAUUGUUGGCUGGAAGUCGUCUCUUGGAAAAUGGUCACGUGUCCAGGCAAAGGGAGACUACAAUGCAAAGCUUGGAAUCACCAUUCUUGGCGAAGCUGUGACUGUUGAAGACGAAGUUGUGGUGAUUAAUAGCAUUGUUCUUCCCAAUAAGACUCUUAACGUUAGUGUCCAGGAGGAGAUCAUAUUGUAGCAUUUGAGAUUAAGAGAGCCAGCUAAGCCAACUCUGUUCUCUUAGUUUUGUUUUACGUUUGAAUUUUUUAUGGCGCUAGAACAGCGAGGAAAUGGUUUCUCUCAACACGUGCGAUCGAUAUCAUUUUGUUUAUUACCCAUUUGUAGACAAAUUUUCAGAUGAAUAAAGGUUUUGAUAUUUUCGGUAAAGAAAAAUAGUGAUGGACAAAAGCUUGUUCUAAAUAAAUGUUUAAAUGCAGGAAUGCAAAUUAAGGUUUUCAUGUUA